AUGCCUUCCAGAACUGAGACGAGAACCCCAAUCGGAGACCAUGUCUACCGGGAGUCCAUGGAUCCGGAAGACAUGAUGCAGCAUAAGCUGGGCCGUCUCCUUGGCAGAAGCACCUACGACAACCACACCAAAAUCUCCUUUGACAACAACAGCUCCUACGACAACAACAGUAGCUCCUACAACGCCAAUAACAACUGCAGGUCCUACUACCAAUUUAACUCCUACGACAAGCACAAAUCUUCUGCCACCACCACUACUGAGGCCCUUACUGCAACCACAACUGAAGCUUCCUCUACAACAACUACUGCAGCCCUUACUGGAACCACAACUGAAGCUGAUUCUAAAACAACUAUAGCACCUACGACAACCACAACAAUCUCCCCUUCGACAACUGCAGCUCCAACAACUGUAGCUCCUACAACGCCAAUUGAAACUGUAGGACCUACCACCAUUUGCAGCCCCUACUGCAACCACAACAGAAGCUUCUUCUACAACAGCUGUAGAAACUACGACGACCACAACAACAUCCCCUACGACAACUGCAGCUCCUACUACAACCACCGGAGCUCCUACGGCCACUUCAACAGCACACCUACGACAACAUCCUCUUCAACAACGGCAGCUCCUACUACAACAACUGUAGCUGCUUCCACAACCACUACUGCAUUACCUAUUGCAACCACGACUGCAGCUUCUUCCACAACCACUACUGAGGCCCUUACUGCAACCACAACUGAAGCUUCUUCUACAACAACUACUGCAGCCCUUACUGCAACCACAACUGAAGCUUCUUCUUCUAAAACAACUACAGCACCUACGACAACCACAACAAUCUCCCCUUCAACAACUGUAGCUCCAACAACGCCAAUCACAACCGAAGGUCCUACUACCAUUUUAACUCCUACGACAACCACAACUGUAGCACCUACAGCAACCACAACAACAACUGUAGCACCUACAACAAAGACAACAACAUCCUUUUCGACAUCUGCAGCUCCAACAACUGUAGCUCCUACAACGCCAAUCAAAACUGCAGGACCUACUACCAUUGUAAGUCCUACGACAAACACAAAUGUAGCUCCUACAGCAACCACAACAGCAGCUAGUAUAACAAAUGUAGCUCCAACAAUCAGUAUAACUGCAGCAGCACCAACUGUAGCUGCAUCCACAACCACUACUGCAGCCCCUAUGGCAACAACAACUCUAGCUACAAUAGCAAGCACAACAGCAGCAGCUACGACAACCACUGCCACUUCUAUAACAUCUACAACAAGUGCAACAGUAACCCCUACGGCAACAACUACAGCUUCUUCUACGACAAAAAUUGUAGAUCCUGCGACAACCACAAAUGAUGCAGCUACUACAACAACCACAGCUCCUACAACUCCAACUGUAGCUUCUUCCACAAGGACAAGUGCAGCCCCUACUGCAACCACAACAGAAGCUUCUUCUACAACAGCUGUAGAAACUACGACGACCACAACAACAUCCCCUACGACAACUGCAGCUCCUACUACAACCACCGGAGCUCCUACGGCCACUUCAACAGCAGCAGCUCUUACAACAACAACUGAAGCUGCUUCCACAAGCACUACUGCAGCCCCUACUGCAACCACAACUGAAGCUUCUUCUACAACAACUAUAGCACCUACGACAACAUCCCCUUCAACAACUGCAGCUCCUACUACAACAACUGUAGCUGCUUCCACAACCACUACUGCAUUACCUAUUGCAACCACGACUGCAGCUUCUUCCACAACCACUACUGAGGCCCUUACUGCAACCACAACUGAAGCAUCUUCUACAACAACUACUGCAGCCUUUAGUGCAACCACAACUGAAACAACAUCCCCUUUGACAACUGCAGCUCCUACUACAACAACUGUAGCUGCUUCCACAACCACUACUGCAUUACCUAUUGCAACCACGACUGCAGCUUCUUCCACAACCACUACUGAGGCCCUUACUGCAACCACAACUGAAGGUUCUUCUACAACGACAACAUCCCCUUCAACAACUGCAGCUCCUACUACAACAACUGUAGCUGCUUCCACAACCACUACUGCAUUACCUAUUGCAACCACGACUGCAGCUUCUUCCACAACCACUACUGAGGCCCUUACUGCAACCACAACUGAAGGUUCUUCUACAACAACUACUUACAACAAAUGUAGCUCCAACGAUCACUACAACUGCAGCAGCACCAACUGUAGCUGCAUCCACAACCACUACUGCAGCCCCUAUGGCAACAACAACUCUAGCUACAAUAGCAAGCACAACAGUAGCUGCUACGACAACCACUGCCGCUUCUAUAAAAUCUACAACAAGCGCAACAGUAACCCCUACGGCAACAACUACAGCUUCUUCUACGACAAAAAUUCUCCUACUAUAACCACUGGAGCACCUACGGCCACUUCAACAGCAGCAGCUCUUACAACAACAACUGAAGCUGCUUCCACAAGCACUACUGCAGCCCCUACUGCAACCACAACUGAAGCUUCUUCUACAACAACUAUAGCACCUACGACAACAUCCCCUUCAACAACUGCAGCUCCUACUACAACAACUGUAGCUGCUUCCACAACCACUACUGCAUUACCUAUUGCAACCACGACUGCAGCUUCUUCCACAACCACUACUGAGGCCCUUACUGCAACCACAACUGACGGUUCUUCUAAAACAACUACUGCAGCCCUUACUGGAACCACAACUGAAGCUUCUUCUAAAACAACUAUAGCACCUACGACAAUAUCCCCUUUGACAACUGCAGCUCCUACAACAACAACUGAAGCUGCUUCCACAAGCACUACUUCCUACUACAACAACCACAGCUCCUACAACUCCAACUGUAGCUUCUUCCACAAGGACAAGUGCAGCCCCUACUGCAACCACAACAGAAGCUUCUUCUACAACAGCUGUAGAAACUACGACGACCACAACAACAUCCCCUACGACAACUGCAGCUCCUACUACAACCACCGGAGCUCCUACGGCCACUUCAACAGCAGCAGCUCUUACAACAACAACUGA